AUGGCCCUCCUCAACCCUUGUCUCAACAUUCUCCCGACCUCGCAGGUCAUUGGCCUCUCCUUUACAGCACUCGCAGGAUUUAUUUCCUCGUUUGCCGUCCUGUUUGUCCUCAUCCUCGUCACCCGCAACUACAUCCGCAACGUCCUCCACCCUCCCCCUGGGGGCGAAUGGCGCCUCAUUCGCACACACGUAGACGCCUACCUGCUCUCCCUCCUUUUAUCAGACUUUCUCCAGGGCCUCGGCGCUAUUCUUAACAUUAAAUGGUCCGCCGAGCGCCAGGUUUACUGUUCUGCAACCUGCACCGCCCAGGGUUUCAUUCAGAUUGUUGGAGAAACUGGAGUCGGUAUGAGCACGCUUGCUAUCACAAUCCAGACCUUUCUCGUCAUCUUUUUCCGAUGGAGCCCCUCGCCACGCUCGUCCUGGAUAUGGAAAGCCGUCAUCACCGCCAUCUGGCUCUACGUCUGCAUUUUUGCUGCCGUAGGCUAUGGUAAACAUCACUCUCCCUCGUCUGACCCACAGACCGCCGACAUUUUCUUCACGCCAACCCCCUAUUGGUGCUGGAUCAGCGGCAAAUUCGACGCAGAGCGUAUUGCCGGAGAGUAUUUUUGGCUCUGGUUUGCCGCUUUUGUCAACAUCAUCCUCUACACCCUCCUCUUUUUCCGUGUGCGUGGAAAUAUCACCGUCGACCCUCUUAAUUGGCGUAGGGUCCGAUUUAAGUGGCAUCGCUAUGGCGGUCAGGGACGCACAGCCGGAGGCGAAGGGUAUUUUGAUUCCGUCGCCCGUGGUGCUCGAGGUGGCGAGGCGGGCAAGGAUGCCGCAAAAGAGGCGCUGAGCAUGAUUUGGUAUCCGGUCACCUAUACCAUCCUCGUCCUCCCACUCAGUAUCGUUCGUUGGUCUACGUUUAGACCUCCGGGGCGCACGGAACCACAUGUCCCGUUUGCGGUCACUUCUGUCGUGAUUGUCAUCUUUUCCCUUUCUGGUGCCGCAAACGUUGUCCUCAUUCUCUGGACACGCAAGAAUCUUUUACUCUUUGGCCAACGAGGCGUCGUCAACCCGGCGAAAAUCGGUCCAGCCGCCACGGGGAGAGCCCAGCGUCUGCAGGCACUCGAAGCCAAGAAGAAUGCACGUCGCAAACCCGAGGGUGAUCCAGAAGACAAUGUAGGCGUGAAGCGGAUCCAACCGUCUACAGGGGCCGAGGAGGAAGAAGUCGUCGAGGGACCAGGUGGGAUGGGCAACGAAAAGUCUCCCAAUGGCCACCGACGCGGGUCAAGUUCAAGCGGGAAUGAACGUAAAGGACGUUUUGGGAUCCGGCAUUUCAUCGGUCUUGCCCCACUCCAAAUUGGGUCGUCCAAAGAGGGAGGACGGCGCAACUCGACAUCCAAGGCUGGUCCUGACCAAGGCUCGUCCACCAACGACACGAGCACAGAUGGUAUAGGCCCCCUUUCACCCAUCUCGGCACGUGGUGGGAAUCGCAGUGCGAGGAAUGGUGGCGAUACGAGUUUUGCUGCUGGUGGGUUUACUACGGGUGCAUUUGAGAGUGAACGUAGUUUCGAGUUGGGUAGUACGGGCGUGCUCCCGCCUCCGUUGGGUACAGCUAGUGGGCCAUCGUCCCCGUCAACCCCCAUUUCCGUCCCUGCGGCAGCUGGGUAUUCGCAUCCCUUGGUCGUGGGUGGUGGACGAAUGUCGACGGUGGCUGAAAUGUCCCAGACAGGGACAGGCGGUGUACGUUCGCAUGCCGAUGUCGCGGGAGCAGAAGCAGGAGAAGAAAGUAGUGCAGGCGAUAUUGUCUAUGCCUUUGGCUCGCGAGAACCGACGGAUGCGUACGGUUAUGGCGACGAAUUGGAGCAGCAACAUGCGAUCCGGACUGGUGCCAGUUUCUCUGGACUCCUCCCUGCUGAUUCAACACCACCAACCACGAUGUCCAUGCAACUCGAUGAUGGUGUCGUGCCAGAGGGCAUGAGCCGCGACUUGGGCGCGCUCGCAGCGGAAUAUGACAUCGAUAUUGAACGCGAAAAGGAGCGCAAGGGUUUACAACGUCAACUUGGAGCAUACUCGUUUGGCGGCUCACCAUCUCAACACGACAAGGUGGCUCGAUUGGAGGUUCCCGGACACGGCCAUGGAGAUGCACCAGGUGCACAGAUCAGCAACCGAUCCGAUUUCCUCGACCUUGAACGCUCGACUCCAGGACAUAGUAGUGCAGGUGUGAGCACUGGCGAACAUGGAAAGGGCAAAGACGUCGAAUUUCCUGUCUAUCCUGUCCCCCCGCCUCUUCCACCUACGUAUCCGCCCGCACCUCGUCGGGAAUCCGCAGCGAGUUCGAAUGAGGGCCGGCGUGUAUCGGGCGCGGGCCACGAAGGACGGCGCGGGUCUGCAGCGUCUGCUGGGUCAAGAGCCUAUGCGCCGUAUCAACAUUAUCCACUUCCGACAAAUAGACCUGAUAGUUCGCGUUCGGCGCAGCGACCGGAUAGCUCGCGGUCUCGUCAGAGCGAGUCAGGAAAGCGACCAGACAUGUCGGACUAUAGUGUACCUAUGAAGUUCAACCCUACCCCUGCACCCACAAAAGAUUUCCCUAUUUCGCCAUUUGAUGAUCACUCGCCCUACGACAAGGCACACAAUGCUAGCUCCAAGUCGCUCGGACGCGCUUCGACCCGCACCACGGAUUCACAGCUCAGACCGACCAAUGCACCGUGGGCAUCGCUCACUGCACUUUUCAUGGGCCGUCCUUCGACGUCGUCGAGCCGUGGACCGGGUAGUAGCGUCGAAGAUUUGACGCGCCAUGACGCAUCGGACAAGCCACGACAACUCUAUGCAACGGAAAAGACUCGACAGGGUGCAGACAAUGUGGAGCUUAGUGUGAUGACCACGAACAAGAUUAACCGGUCCUCGUCCACGACGGCACUCUCAACACCCAUGCCCCGCACACGAGACAAUUCGAUGGAGGAGCAUGUCUACCUCGCCGAUGCGCACAACGUGUUUGGCGAUGGUCAUGCAUUAUCACCCCUCGGCGCACUUACUGCGGGUGGUCCACUUCGCAAAAGUGUAUCCUCUACGUCUGAGAGGAGCGCGAGCGGGAGCUGGUCCCGUGCGACGGCAACGGCAAAUGCAAAGGCCGCACUCUUCUAUCAUUCGCAAUCGUCCCAUCAAGCGCACCCUGUACCCCAAUCCUCGCAUAUCACCCAGCCACAGCUAUAUACUCAAAGCCAUUUACAACCAGACGUGUACCGACCGACAACCGCGGGUUCCACCAGGUCACAUCGGUCCUAUACGUUUGGUCCGCCCGGACUCUCGGCGCACGACGAUGACAAUAAUGUGGUGGGUCGCGCUCUGUGA